GAACAUUGCUUCGAGCUCCAUACAUUUUCUUCUGGUUCUCUACGUCUGCAGUUUGGUUGUGUACCAGUUCAAAAAUUAUUUCAAAAUUUUUGCCAUCAGGAAAAAAGUUAAAAUGACGGACAAGCCUAAGCGUCCAAUGUCUGCAUACAUGUUAUGGCUAAAUAGUGCAAGAGAACAAAUUAAAGCAGAUAAUCCAGGUCUCAAAGUCACUGAAAUAGCCAAAAAGGGAGGAGAAAUAUGGAGGUCGAUGGAAGACAAAAGUGUUUGGGAGGCGAAGGCUGCCAAAGCGAAAGAGCAAUACACAAAAGAUCUGGAAUCAUACAAUGCUAAUGGAGGCGGUGGUGAAGGUGGCGGCAAAAAGGCACAGAAGAGAGCAAAGAAGGGCAAGAAAGCUGCCGCUGCCCCUGCUAAAUCUAAGAAGAAGAAGGAGGAGUCUGAAGAAGAGGAGGGUGAGGAGGAAGAAGAAGAAAGCGAUUGAUCUCCCAACUUUAAUGGCAUUUCUGUUCAUAUUGAAUAAUUUUCUUAAACUUAAUUUAUUACAAAUUAAAUAAAAAAGGACUGACUUUCCAAUAUCUGUAUGAAUUACCAUUUUAUAUAAGUAUAUUUCUUAAUAAUGAUUUUCUAAUUUUUUUUGAAUG